UAGUUGGUUAUCAUUAUUGGAAUAUGAUGCCGUCGAAUCUGUGUUAGCUGUCGAUCGUUUUGGUUGUACAAUUCCGAAGCUUCUCCGUUCCCAAAACCUCUUCUCGAUCUAUACCCUCUCUCUUCUCAAAAUUUAGGGUUUCUCAUUUCUUCGAUUCUCCGAUUAAUUCAAUCAGGAACACGUAGGAUUAGGGUUUAAUUUUGAUCUAUGUCUGCAAAAACCAAAUUCCCCUUUUCGUGACAAGAAUGGGGUAUCCCCCGAUUCCAAGCGUUCCUGCCAUAACCGACUUACACUACCAUCAGGAAUCAUCAUCACCUUCGUCCAAUUCGUAUUACAAUCAAACCAAUUGCCAUGGAAUAUUGUACACCGCGGCGCUGUCGAUCCUGGCCGCAUUGUUUGUGCUCUACUUAGGGUUUCAUCUCAAAAAGAACAUAAAGAAGCUCAAUCAUCGUCGCUCCCAUGUUAUGAUUGCUUACUAUCUUCUUCUUUGGUUCUCUGCUAUACUCAAUCUCACUUGGUGCUGUCUUCAGGCAUGGCAGUGCACUCCAGAGAAGAAGAUUUCUUGGAAUUUAUUGUCAUUGGUAACAGAAUCUGGAACACUAUGUCUAGAGAUCAGCUUGGUUGCUUUCUUACUUCAGGAAAAUUAUGCAAGUGGGUUGGAAACAUUAGCUCAUACUUUCUCCAUAUCAGGGCUGAUUGUUGGAGCAGAUAUACUCCUUAAGGCGAUAUUUGUGUUUGGAUUUCAUGUGCCACUUUUCAUGGAUGGUGAAACUAGCAAUGGUGGAAAAUGGGGGAUGUGGACAUUCGAUGAACUAUUGCUAACAUGCACCUAUGGAUAUAUUCUAUUUGUUCAUUACUCAAAGUGGAGAGAUAAGUUACCUCCAAGACCAGCAUUUUAUAAUUAUGUUGUAGUCAUGUUCAUUGUUAACAGCUUGGCAUUGUUGGCUUGUGCACUGGCUGCCAGUGGUGUUGGAUUUGGAUUUUGGUUUUAUAGUUUCAUAGGCUUCUGCUACCACACUCUCUACCUUCCCUUUCUGUACAUUACUUUCCUAGGAGAUUUUUUCCAGGAGGAAGACUUGCUUUUAGAUAAUGCUUACUACUCUGAGAUGCGAGAUGCUGGAUUUUUCGAUGCAGACUGGGAAUAAUCGUGCCAAAUUCUUGAGAUUUUAUGGAAGAAAUUCUGUAAAUAAGAUAGAUAUGUAGCAUGCUCAAUAGAUGUAGUAAGACUCAUAUUUAGCUUUGCAGUUAUGUUUGUUUUUCACUCUUCUAGUAAGAUUUAGAUAGCAGUGUAUGUGACACUUAUACAACUUGACUUGGGUAAAACAAGUAAACAUCUUGUUAUUGUAGUUUCUCGUAAUCAUGAUUUGGACAUAUUAAUAGAGAAAAAGUCAAAUCUA